GUUUUCUGGAAGACCGAGCUUCAGCAGGGGCGCUUCUCUCUUGCUCGGGCGGUGAACCCGAGCUACUGCUACCGGGGUCUACCGCUUGCGAUAGUUUCAAUUGCUCCGAUCACGUGCAUCCAGUUCGGCGCCACGAGUUUAUUCAGCUCGGGAUUGAAGACUCUUCGGGGCUCCGACUCAGCCAGCGGGGACAUGGACAAAAUCAUCGCUUCCGUAAUGGCUGGAGCUGCAUCAGCGCUGAUCCAAUCGCCCACGCAGUUGGUUGAGGUCAACCAGUCAAACCAUGGCUCCUCAAUGCUCGCCACAGCCAGGAAGGUUGUCGCACAGAACGGCCUGCUGGGGCUCUAUCGAGGCUACUCUAUGGGCGCGACUCGGGAAG